CUGCGCAUGCGCGGGGCCCGCAGAGCUUCGCCCACCCGGAAGCCUCCGGGUCUCCGCUGCUGCGGCUGCCCGCCAUGUUCGCGGAGUUGAACGACCUGCUGGACGCUUCCCCGCAGCGGCCGGAGACGGGUAAAUUCACUCUCCUGCGAGACACCAGGACAGAUGGCAGCUUCCUUGUGCACCAUUUCCUCUCCUUCUACCUCAGAGCUGGCUGUAAGGUUUGCUUUGUGGCCCUGCUCCAGUCCUUCAGUCACUAUAACAUCAUAGCACAGAAGCUGGGAGUCAAUCUGACAGCUGCCAAAGAGCGAGGACAGCUCAUCUUCUUGGAAGGCCUCAAGUCCUGCCUUGACUUCAUGUUUGGAGAGGAGGAGCAGUCAGGACAGUCCAGUCCUUUUCAGUUUCUAAGUGAGGGUGCUUCCGACCUCAGAGCCUUGUUUGACUUCGUCCGGACGUCCCUGACUCCCUCCAGCAGCGACUCCUGGAAGGGCCCUGUGCUGCUGGUGGAUGACCUCAGUGUCCUGCUCAGCCUGGGCGCUGCGCCGGUGGCGGUGUUGGACUUCAUCCACUACUGCAGGGUCGUGGUGUGCUCCCAGCUGAAGGGCAACAUUGUGGUGCUGGUUCACAGCAAUGAGGAUUCAGAAGAUGAGGAAAACGAACUGGUUGUGAACUCCCUGUGUCAUCACAGUGAUCUGAUCCUGUGGGUAGAGGGGCUGGCAACUGGCUUCUGCAAGGAUGUUCAUGGGCAGAUUAAAAUAAUUAGGAGGGUGUCCUUGGAGCUGAUGGUGGAGAAGGAUCUCGUCCAGAUUUACCAGUAUAAGAUCCAGGACAAGAACGUCACCUUUUUUGCUAGAGGGCUGUCAGCUGCAGUCCUGUGAUGCUGCGAUACUGCGCCGGGCUGUGAGAGCAACCCAGAGCAUGGCCGGGGAGUCUGGUUGUGCCACCAAACCAGCCUCGCUGUUUCACCAAGCGCCUUCCAGGAGCCAUGCAGCAAACCCACCCGGGAGGGAAGCUUAAACGUGUGUUGAGCUGCAUGCCAACGAGGGGAUUAGCCUGCCCAGAGCUCGCUGCGUGCCUUUGUCCUCCUCCCACCCCAUUCCCAGUGUAGGCAGGCCAGGCGGAAGAGCAAAAACUUGCAAGAAUGGCCCUUAGAGCGUGUAAAUACAAGCAGGGGGAAAGCCCCCCGGGGCUGGGCGUGCCUCACUUUUUCCGGUGUGUUGGGGCAGGGCUGUGCUGCUAGGUGGAGGGAUCACCCCACCCUCCCGCUGGUGAUUAACGAGAUGACACAGUGUGGGUGGAGGCAGGGAUGUUCAGGGAGCCUGUUGCAAUCCUUACCUUUAUCCCAGCUCUGGCACGGGAGAUUUGCUCAACUCCCACCUUCCACACAAAAUACCUAUAACUA